AUGAGUGCGGCGGCAAGGAACAAAAAGCAGCAGAAGUGCGUCAACUGCGGCCACACCCAGUUUGACGUGAACAGAUACACCGCGGCCGGUGAUGUAUCGUGUCUUCGGUGCGGCACGGUCUUGGAGGAAAACCCCAUUGUUUCCGAGGUCCAGUUUGGAGAGUCUUCAAGCGGAGCCGCAAUGGUUCAAGGGGCCAUGGUGGGGUCCGACCAGGCGCGAGCAGCAUUUGCAGGGGGCAGACAAAAUGCCAUGGAGAGCAGAGAACAAACGAUUAGCAAUGGGAAAAGGAAGAUUCGACGUCUUGCGGCCUCGUUGAAAAUUGCCGAUUUCAUUGCCGAUGCUGCGGGCGAGUGGUUCAAAUUGGCCUUGACAAACAACUUUGUCCAAGGAAGAAGAUCCAACAAUGUAUUGGCGACUUGCUUAUAUGUCGCAUGUCGUAAAGAGCGAACUCAUCACAUGUUGAUUGAUUUCAGUUCACGGUUGCAAAUGUCCGUGUACUCACUAGGGGCGACUUUUUUGAAAAUGGUCAAGGCUUUGCAUAUCACCUCGUUGCCCUUGGCCGACCCAUCGUUGUUCAUUCAGCAUUUUGUUGAGAAAUUGGAUUUCAAGGAAAAGACCACGAAAGUGGCCAAGGAUGCAGUGAAAUUGGCCCAUCGGAUGUCGGCAGACUGGAUCCAUGAAGGUCGGCGUCCGGCUGGGAUUGCUGGCGCGUGCGUUUUGCUUGCUGCUAGAAUGAACAAUUUCCGUCGUAGCCACGCCGAAAUCGUGGCCAUUUCUCACGUGGGGGUGGAGACUUUGCAGCGGAGAUUGAAUGAGUUUAAAAAAACGAAAGCGGCCCAGUUGUCGGUUGAAGGCUUCCGUCUGGACACUUUGGAUGUUGAAAGCUCGAAUCCGCCAUCGUUUGACAAAAACAGGUUAACAGAAAAGAAAAUCGCCAAGCGGCUCCAGCAGCUGCAGCUGCAGCAGGAUACGUUCAACGCCUUGGAUACCAUGUCCGAGGAAAAUCGGAAAAAAUACUUGGGCACCCUCACUUCCGACGAGCAGCAAAAGCAAAUCAUCAUGAACACCAUCAUGAGCGACAUUACCAUCGACAAGGACUUGAUCAACGACCAGAUCCGCCGGAUCUUGGCGACAAAGAGAAGCAAGUUGGUGGACUCGCUUUACAAGAACCCCGCUGAUGCCAACGAUGACAUUUGCGACGACGACAAGAUCUGGAACGCCAACUGGCCCAAGAACUUGGCCCUAUUGCCCAAGACUGCAGAUGUCUUGGAGAUGGUGUCGUCUGCAGUCGAGUUAAACUCCGACGAUGACGAUGUUGUAGUUGAAGAGAGUCGCAUGACACCCGAGGAGAUCGAGACCAAGGAACGUAUCUGGAUGGGGUUGAACCACGAUUACAUGGUUGAGCAAGAGCGCAAGCGGUUGAAGCAGGAGGCCGAUGAGUUGACUGGCAACACCUCGGGUGCGUCGAGUAGCGGGCCGCGCCGUAAGCGACAAAAAUCGGUGCCGCCAGAGAUCCAACGCGAGAUUGGCAACAUUGAGUUGGACGAAGAUGGCACGCCGAGAAGUGCUGCUGAUAGUGCCAAAAUGUUUAUUUCAAAAAGUUCGGUUUCGAAGAAGAUUAAUUAUGAAUCCUUGCAAGGCUUGUUUGGGGACAAGUUUUGA